AUGAAGAAGAGUUAUGUGAUUGGCGGGGUGAAGAGUGACGAGCUCUCCUUUGCGGCAACAACCCCUGUUCUGGCCGACAAGAAGAAGUACCCCAACUUCUUCCGGACGGUUCCGUCGGACAACGCAGUGAACCCAGCCGUGGUCAAGUUCCUCAACUUCUACAAUUGGAGCCGUGUGGGGACCCUCACACAGGAUGUCCAGAGGUUCUCAGAGGCGGACCCCCAGGGGCAGGACAUAGCCAUCCGGCCCUUCCUGGAACACUGUGAGAACACACACAUGACCAUUUGGCUGGGGAUUGUCUACGCUUACAAGGGCCUGCUUAUGUUGUUUGGUUGUUUCCUGGCCUGGGAGACGAGGAAUGUGAGCAUCCCGGCCCUGAAUGACAGCAAGUACAUCGGGAUGAGUGUGUACAACGUGGGCAUCAUGUGUAUCAUCGGGGCGGCCGUGUCCUUCCUCACGCGAGACCAGCCCAAUGUGCAGUUCUGCAUCGUGGCUCUGGUCAUCAUCUUUUGCAGCACGAUCACUCUCUGUCUGGUGUUUGUGCCAAAGUUCAUCACGAUGAGGACCAAUCCAGACGCAGCUACUCAGAACCGGAGGUUAAAGUUCAAUACGAACCAGAAGAAAGAGGACUCCAAGACGUCCACGUCAGUGACCAGUGUGAACCAGGCCAACACGUCCAGACUGGACGGCCUGCAGACCGACAACCACCGCCUCCGCAUGAAGAUAACAGAGUUGGAUAAGGAACUGGAGGAGGUGACCAUGCAGCUGCAGGACACCCCAGAGAAGACCCCGUACAUCAAGCAGAACCACUACGGAGACGUCAACAACAUCCUCAGCAUACGCAACUUUACCGACGCCAAAGAGGGGGAGAAAUCGAUACUGAAGAAUCAUCUUGAGCAGAAGCCUCAGGCUCAGUGGGGCUCCAUGGACCCUUCCAGAAUAAACAGAGGUCCUCUGGAGGAUAUCAACUCACCUGAACACAUACAGCGCAGGCUGUCGUUGCAGCUGCCCAUCCUGCACCAUGCCUACCUACCCUCCAUAGGGGGGGUGGACGCCAGCUGUACCAGCCCCAACGCCAGCCCCAGCUCCAGCCCGCGGCACAGACACAUGCCGCCGUCCUACCGGGUCAUGGUCUCAGGCCUGUGAGCAUCAGUCGCCCCUGGCGCUACCAAGAAAGACAUCCGUGUAAAAAACAACAACAAGCAGACUGUGACUGAGUUCAUCAGCGAUAGUGGAAUAAUAUGUGUGUUGGACCAGGGAGAGGGAAGUUUGAUCCACUCUUCAUGCCUUGGUCUCUAGACCCCCUCUCUAGAACCAUGGGUCGGGGAAAGGGGAGAGGGCACAGAGGACCUUACAAACGAUGACACAUCCACAGCUACAAC